AUGGCUACUGAUAUUCCAAACAACAACAAUCUCGCGGAUAAUUCACCUGAAACACCAACUGAGGUUUCAUAUUCCCAUGUGCAACAGAUUGAGCUCUCACAACAUCUCAAACGUGCACCCUCUCCACCGGAUCUCAAGUCCACCGAAAACCGUUUACGACCCGCCGGAGAUGCUAACAAAGUCUUUGUAGACAUCAUUAAUCACAUCAUUUGGGAUGAGAGCUUCAACCCCGACAACUAUGUGAUUGUGUUUCUAGAUCGUUUCGAAGGAGAACUAGAACUUUCAUUCGCAGGUUGGAAAAAGGAGUCGACAGAUGAGGAAUUCAUUCCUCAACAUCGUGUUCUCUAUAUCAGGCAUAUCAAUGGAGAUGUGGUAUGGGAUCGACGCAGACGGAUUGACACAAUCUUCAAUAGCGGCAACUCGGCGUUUAGUGAGCUGGCAUUUUUGAAUUGA